CAGCGAUGGCGUCAUCGAGGCCCUACCCACCCGCCUGAAGCCCGGUUCCACGUCGUGCGCGGAGCAUGAGCAUCUUAUGUAGGCCAUUUGGGUUCUUAAGAAGACUUCUAAAAGUGGAAAGCUGUAAUCCAACUGGGGCAGAAUCUUUAAUUCUACUCUCACCAACAACACUGGCACAGAAGAUUAGGGAAGUGCCUGGUAUUUUCUUGUUAAGUCAAAGAAAAGGAUUCUCAACCAUGCCAGAGAUAGAAACAAAUACAAGAGAGACUGAAUUAUUUUCACCCCCCUCUGGUGUCAGAGGAAUGACAAAACUUGAUAGAACAGCCUUUAAAAAAACAGUCACCAUUCCAGUGCUUAAAGUGAGGAAAGAAAUAGUCAACAGAUUGAUGCGAUCCCUGAAAAGCGCAGUGCUGCAACGCCCGGGCAUAAAGCGUGUGAUUGAAGAUCCAGAAGACGAACAAAGUAGGCUUAUUAUGUUGGAUCCCUAUAAAAUGUUUACUCAUGAGUCCUUUGAGGAAUCAGAACUUAGUAUUUUAAACCAACUUAAUGUCAAUCCACAGCUAUCUAAAUAUACUUUGGAAUUAACUUAUGAAAACUUUAAGUCAGAAGAAAUCUUGAGGGCUGUGCUUCCUGAAGGUCAAGAUGUGACCUCAGGAUUUAGCAGAGUUGGACAUAUUGCGCACUUGAAUCUUCGAGAUCAUCAGCUACCAUUCAAGCAUUUAAUUGGCCAAGUUAUGAUUGACAAAAAUCCAGGAAUCACCUCAGCAGUAAAUAAAAUCAAUAAUAUUGAUAAUACAUACCGAAAUUUCCAAAUGGAAGUGCUAUCUGGAGAAGAGAACAUGAUGACCAAGGUUCGAGAAAAUAGCUACACCUAUGAAUUUGAUUUUUCAAAAGUCUACUGGAAUCCUCGGCUCUCUACAGAACACAGCCGUAUCACAGCACUUCUCAAACCUGGGGAUAUAUUAUUUGAUGUUUUUGCAGGAGUUGGGCCCUUUGCCAUUCCAGCGGCAAAGAAAAACUGCACUGUAUUUGCCAAUGAUCUCAAUCCUGAGUCCCAUAAGUGGCUGUUGCACAAUUGUAAAUUAAAUAAAGUAGACCAAAAGGUGAAAGUCUUCAACUUGGAUGGCAAAGAGUUUCUCCAAGGACCAGUCAGAGAAGAGUUAGUACAGCAGCUGAAACAGUCAAAAGAAAGAAAACACUCUGUCCACAUUGUCAUGAACUUACCUGCAAAGGCUAUAGAAUUUCUAAGUGCUUUCAAGUCAUUUUUAGAUGGGCAGCAGUGCAGCAGUGAGCUCCUUCCCAUAGUGCACUGUUACAGCUUUUCCAAGGAUGUUAAUCCUGCUGAGGAUAUUCGUCGACGAGCUGGAGCUGUGUUAGGCAUCUCUCUAGAAGCAUGCAGUUCAGUUCACCUAGUAAGAAAUGUGGCCCCCAACAAAGAAAUGCUCUGUAUCACCUUUCAGAUUCCUGCAUCUAUACUCUACAAGAACCAAACCAUAAAUCUAGAGAAUCAGGAAGAGCCGCAUCCUAAACGGCAGAGAACAGAUAAUGCCUUUUCAGAAGAAGGAACACAAAUAGCAUGAAAACACUUAAUUGGAAAUGUUUUCUCCAUCUCCCCAGUAGACUUAUGUGAAGAAAUGUAAUUUGUAUGGUUUCAUAGAAUUUUUUUAUUAUCCCAUCUUAUCAAUUAGCUGCCAUAGGUCUACUACUUACUAAAUAGAAACCCAUUUGUGUUGUAUUGUGAGACAGGGUUGUGUAAUUACAUUUAAUUAAAUUAUAUCUAAUUUUUAUUAGAUAAGUGUUUUUAAACAUCUGUCUCUUAAGAAGAUAGUUUUUAAAGAUAAGGUAGUUUCUUGUUGUCUCACCAGGAGAGCAUUAAUACACAACUAUCCUUAUGCUACCAGCUGUCACUGUAAAAAAAAAACUUAUUUAGGUCAAGGAUCGGCAAACUGAUCUACAGGGCAAAUCUGGGCCACUAAUGGUUUGUAUGGCCUGUGAUCUGAAAAUGUUCUUACAUUUUCAAAUGAUUGGAAAAGAAUAACAUUUUAUGAAUUGAAAACUGUAUGAAACUUGAGGACUUUUUUGAGAAGCAUUUAUUGUAGUUAUAGAACUUGAGAAGCAUUUAUUGUAGUUAUAGAAAAAAAAUAACACUUUCAAAAUCAAGGUUAAGUUAGCAGUCCUUUUCAGACUCAUACCAUGAUUUCAAGCCAUUCUUAAAUUAUCAAGGAA